AGAGAAAAGCCCAAAAAUAUUUUUAAUCAGCAAAGCGAGGGUGGUGGAGGAAGAAAAAUCAGUAGAAAUUAAAAAGAAAAAAAGCAGUAGGAAGAAGAAAACGAUGGGAAGUUGGGAUUCAGCACCAGCGGCGAUCCUUGCAGUAUGGGCGCUGCUUUCUUCCAUUCACGCGUUGGACAUAGAUUACACGACUGAAAACGGAGGUUUAGGGCGUAGAGUAUUACUUAGUUUCAAAGAAACACCUCACGGCACUAACCUGACCUUCGAUUGCUCUCCUUCGGGUCCCUGUGUUCCCUGCGCCUACUCUGAGAAGAGUGAUGAAAAAUAUCGAUGCAGCGAGACUGGCCACCGAAUCCCUUUCAAAUGUAUUGAAAUUAAUCAUGAUACAGAGAAUGAAAAGGGGAAGCAGCAUUCUCCAAAUGGUCGAUCUGCUGUUGAAAUCUCUGAUGAUGCGAAUCCUCAUGUAAUGUUGCAAGAGACCACCGCCUCAAAUGAGGGUAGAACUUUACUGGAUGAUUCGUCUACAGCCAAGGGUGGAUCACAGGCUUAUAUCACUUACAGAAGCUGUAUAUCAGUUAAUUCAGAGAAAUUGUCAGUAAUUGGUUUUGAGGGGAUUAUUUUGUGUUUGUUACUCGCAAGUGGUUCAGUAGUGUACUUCCGAAGAAAGCAGACUGCUAUUGUGGUGGCCGGAGCUGGAGGGGGAAGGAUCCAGAUGAACAGAUUUUAACCCUGAAAUUUUCUCGAGUUUCACGGUUUCCUCCUCCACAUCAAACCAGUUUUUAAUGAUAUCUGAGGUUCAGAAGCUAUUAGAUUUUCAUGUAGAAAAGGGUCAAGUGUUUAUCAUUUGCAGUUUUUUGCUCUAAAAAUGUUUUGUAGUGUAAUAUUUUUCUGAUUUGUAACCUCAACAAAGCCUAUGAAUCAUCGAGUAAAAGCUAUGAAAGUUCGUUAGAUGGUAAGAAUGGCAGGGGUUCCUGAUAUAUCGUGACAGCAUUAAUGACUCGUGCUCUCUUUAA